ACAGAGAGGCACAUGCGCAGAACGUGUGAAACCCUCUCCAUGCUUGUGGCCGUUGGUCCUACUGUCAACUUGAUGUUCUAACUUAAGUUCAAUUCAGAAACAGCAAUUAGCAGUACAAUACCAUGGGAGGGCAGGCAAAGGGCAAAAAGAAGAACAAAACGAAAAGGAAAGACAACCACUCAAAUGGAGGUACAGGAAUGGCUGACCUAUCGCCUCACGAAAGGGUCAAACUACGUAUGCAGGAGAAAGCCAAGAAAAAGACAGCCGAGAGAUAUUCUGUACAACAACUCCUAGAAAAGACGGAGGAGUGCAUGGACAGCUUCGACUUUGAGAUGGCAAAUCGCUUCUGUCAGCGGGCGCUGGAUGUAGAGCCGACCCAUCUACAGGCACUAGACAUCCUGGGACACAUCUGCUCAGAGCUAGGAGACAGACAGAAAGCUAAAGAAGUGUUUCUGCGUGCUGUGGAGAUAAGUCCAAAUGAAGGCCACAGUAAAUACAUGUUACUGGGACAGAUACACAGUGGACAAGAAGCUGUGGAAUACUACACUAAAGGAAUAGAGAUACUGCUGUCCGUUCUGGAGAAAGAAAAACAGACCACUGCCCUGGUAGGAGCUUGCGCAGCAUCUGAUGAGGAUGCUGAAAUACCAACAACCAAAGACGUAUGUGUGGCCUACUGCUCUGUGGCAGAGAUCUACCUGACAGACCUCUGCAUGGAGGAGGGAGCGGCGGACAAGUGCAGAGAGUCCAUAGAGAAGGCGUUGCAUUAUCACCAUGACAACCCCGAGGCUCUCCAGCUCAUGGCGAGCUAUCUGUUCAGUGCUGAGAGGAACCAGGAAGGAAAAGACUAUCUCAUGAGGAGUGUGGGGGCGUGGCUUCCUGCCUUCAAACAAUCAGAAGCUUCAUCUGGCCUGGAGGACGAACACGACCAGAACACAAUCCCUCCCUAUGAUUCCCGCAUCAGUACUGCCAAACUACUAAUUGAGACCGAAGAAUUUGAGAUGGCGGUGGAUGUGUUGGAGGGGCUUCUAGAAGAGGAUGACGAGGUGGUCCAGGUCUGGUAUUUGUCUGGCUGGGUGUGCUACCUUCAGAUGCAGCGAGCGGGAGAGCACUUGGCUGGAGAGGCCAGAGAGGCGACAGAGGCAGAACAAGAGGAGUACGAUGCCUUGAAGGAGGCAGCAAGGUCGUACCUGACCAGAGCUAAGAAGCUCUACAUCAAGCUGGGCUGUGAUGACCAGCCCAUCCUGGACCACGCUGAGCAGCUGCUGGGGGAGCUGGGAGGUGAGACCGAGGGGGACGAGGAGCAGGGAGACCCCAACCUGGCAGGGGACUACGAACCCUGCAGCGACGAAGAGGAGGAGGAGGAGGGGGAUGCAGCCAUGGAGCACUGAGAGCCCUGGAUCCCAGCGAGGUUCAUUGACUGUUGCUUAUUGUCUGCCUAACUGACUCUGGUGAAGUUAUACCAUCGUCUUUUUAAUCGCCCCCCCCCCCCCCCUCCCCCAUGUUUAUUCAAAUAUGAACUGUUUGUGAACUAGACACAUUAAAGGA